GCAGGUGUACAGAUUACUGAGAGUGGGAAAUUCCAUAUCGACGGUGAAGGCACACUGACCGUCUACGACGCAGGACAGGCUGACCAAGGAACAUACGAAUGUGUGGCUCGGAAUUCAUUUGGCCUUGCAGUGGCCAGCGUGUUUCUUACAGUCACUGCAACACAGGACAGACAAGCUGGCGAUGCCUUUGUUGAGUCUUCCAUUCUUGCUGCUGUGCAGAGGGUUGACAGUGCAAUUAACUCCACACGAAGACAUUUGUUUUCACAAAAACCUCGCACCCCCAGUGAUCUGCUGACUCAGUUCCGUUUCCCGAGUGACCCGUUCACUGUGCAGACAGCAAGAGCAGGGGAGAUUUUUGAGCACACGCUGCAGCUGAUCCGGGAACGUGUGAAGCAGGGCCUGACUGUCGAUGUGGAAGGCAGAGAAUUCCGCUACAAUGACUUGGUGUCCCCGCGCUACCUCCGCCUCAUCGCCAAUUUAUCUGGAUGCACAGCCCACAGGCCUCCUCCAAACUGCUCGGACCUGUGUUUCCACGGGAAGUACCGCGCCCCCGACGGCUCGUGCAACAACCUGCACGCGGUGCCCGCGCUGAGCACGGCCGGCUUCAGGGACGGGCGGCCGUGCAGCCCCGCGUGCACUGACGACCCUCCCUGCCUCCCCAUCGCCGUUGCGCACGCCCACCCCCGGGGCUCCCACGCGCCCUGCCUCUUCUUCGUACGCUCCAGCCCCGCGUGCGGCGGCGGCACGACCUCCUCGAAGAUGAAUUCAGUUUACGCCCGAGAGCAGAUCAACCAGUGCACGGCCUACAUCGACGCCUCCAACAUUUACGGGAGCUCGGAGCGAGAAUCCCAGGCCCUCAGAGACCACUCAGUGCCCCGGGGACUGCUGAGGACAGGCUUGCCGUGGUCCCCCUCCGGGAAGCACUUACUGCCCUUUUCUCCAGGCCCACGCUCCGAGUGCCCGAGGCAUGAACAGGACAGCCCCAGCCCCUGUUUCCUGGCCGGGGACCACCGGGCCAACGCGCACCUGGCUCUGACGGCCGUGCACACCCUGUGGUUCCGCGAGCACAACAGGGUGGCCUCGGAGCUGUCCGCCCUGAACCCCCACUGGGAUGGAGACACGCUUUAUCAGGAAGCCAGGAAGAUCGUGGGCGCCGAGCUGCAGCACAUCACCUACAGCCACUGGCUGCCCAAGAUCCUCGGGGACCGCGGCAUGAAGAUGCUGAAGGGGUACCAGGGCUACGACCCCAAUGUGAACACGGGGAUCCUCAACUCUUUUGCUACCGCAGCCUUCAGAUUUGGCCACACAUCAAACAAUCCCAUUCUUUACCGGCUGAAUGCCACCUUUGGCGAAAUUCCCGAAGGCCACCUUCCACUCCAUAAGGCUUUCUUUUCACCGUCCACAAUAAUCAAGGAAGGCGGGAUAGAUCCACUGCUCCGGGGGCUUUUCGGCGUGGCUGCUCAGCUGCCGGUGCCCUCUCGACUUCUCAGCCUGGAGCUGACGGAGAAGCUGUUCUCCACGGCCCAUUCUGUGGCCCUGGAUUUAGCUGCCACCGACAUUCAGAGGGGUCGAGACCACGGGAUACCGCCGUAUGUCGACUUCAGAGUGUUUUGUAAUUUAACUUCUGUUGAGAACUUUGAGGAUCUUCAAAAUGAAAUUAAAGAUUCAGGGAUUAGACAAAAACUGAAAAAGUAA